AUGGGUACACAGAGCCCGUUUCCGGUAGACAUACCUCGGGCCAAUCCACAAGAAAUUGCAGCGAUCAGUAAAGACAUUUUCGACGCAUGGCAUCACCUCAGAGACAGACUCUCUGCCCACCAUGAGAUCUUUAAGAAACGGUGGACGAAAUUUCACCCUGACAAGCGGAGAAAGAUCCUCCAAGAAAUUGAAAGUGGCAUGCCGGCACGGCACAGACCAGACCUACUCUCACUAUACCUGUGGAGGGAUACAGACAUGAAAAAAGCUUUCAGGCCGUCAAAGCGACACCUCCUGUGGCCUAAUGUUACACUCGACGACCUUACAGCCCAGGAGCGGCCCAUGCUGCGGUUUAUCCAGUCCCGGAGCAUAAUGGAACCAAUGCAUCACUACUAUCAUGACAGUUUUGCAGUGGCAUUGGCUUGGUGUCUCCAUCCUUUCAAGGGAGGCAAGCCUUUCAUUAAAUUACCACCGGACUCCGACCUUGUGAUGCGCUCGUACUUGACUGAUGAAUGGGCAAACUACGUCAAGAUGGUCGACCCCAGACUCCCCGACCCGGCUGUCCAGGCCGGGAAGGCUAUGGGCCUGCCGAUAGGCCUAGGUUGCAUGGUCCUUACAAUCCAUAGAGGUGUAUACAGGUUUCUCAGUCAAGUUUGCGACUCUGUUCUUCAUGAUCUACCGGGGAAGGCCAAGUACAAUGCCGGGUUCGAGCUGGUAGCGAACAAUGUGCCUUUGGACUUGAUACAGCUCAGGCAAGAACGGCCGUAUCAUGCACCCAAUCGCCUGCAUUUGCACAGCCUAUUUGGUCAUAUCAAAAACUAUCGAAAGGUUGCGAGAGACUUUGUACUUGAUAUUAUAGAAAAGCCCCGAUCCUUCUUGGAAUAUGUCAGGGAAGUCAAGGCGCAUAGCCCUCAGCUGGUACACGACGAGUCCGGGAAGACAGAGCUUUCCGAAGACUCGGACGAAUUGUGGUUUAUCGCAAGCAAAGCAGCAGUUCACCGGGCUUUGGAUCGACUAGUCAGAUGGACAGUUCUUGAGAAGUGCGUGGAGGCCUUGAUAUAUAGCCACGAUAGAGGAUGGGCGAAAAGCGAUGAUCCGACAGAACAAAUCUCACUGGACGAAUAUCUCGCGUUGCAUGACCGCGUCAGGUUGUCGUGUCCGCUGGUUGUUCUUGUAAACAGAUUCCUAGGAGACAUGACGAGCUCCCCAGGAUUCCGGCCGUAUUUCGAACGAAAAUACGUGCCCCUAGACCUGGACGAUGAGAAAGGCGGGGAACCGGAAAGAACAGGACCAGAAAAAAAAGAACCAGAAAUAAAGGAGCCAGAAAAAAAGGAGCCAGAAAAAAAGGAGCCAGAAAAAAAGGAGCCAGAAAAAAAGGAACCAGAAAAAGAGGAACCAGAAGAAAAAAAACUAGUAAGAGCAAUCGGGCGACGGCCGGGCCCCCAGCCGAGGAACAUCAACCAAAUGUGCACACUGUUUGAUCAUAUUUGUGAUAAUGGCCUUAUACCUAUGGCGGGGCUCCCUUCUUUGCUUGAAGACACUGGCUGGUCAUUGGAACACGACUCGAGGCUCCAAAACAUCGACGAGCAUCUGUCAGCGUUUUUAUACAACGAGAUAGAUGAGCUGAUCUUAAUGUCUGAUGUGCUGCUAGAUCUUAACAAUAUAGACGCCUGGGCGCGAUUAGGGAAAUGGAACGAAGAGGAGGUUGUGGAUGUGUUUGAAAAUGAUUACUUCUUUGAACGAAGUCCAGACCUACUAAGAAACCCCGACCUCUAUGAACCUCUCGUCCGCUGGACGCAAUCAGCGGAUAAACUGUACGCAUGGCCUACCAGAAAGGUGAAGAACGCCGCGACCGCAAAGGCGAGGCAGUCUGCAGAAAAGGCACUGUCGACAUUCUGGCGGCUGUUUCAGGACAAAUACAGGAGUCUUCUGAAGAAAAACCAGAAGAGAUACCAAGGUGAAGAUGGCAGAGAUCUAAGAGAAAGAUCCGUGGUACUAAGUGUGCUUGCCGAUGCCAAACCCAUCAAAACGCCAAAGUGGGUUCCACCCCCAAGCUGGAAGACAGGUCCGGCCAGGCCAUCCGCGAGAGACGUCCAACCCUUGACCAUUGAGAGCCUCUUUUUGGGCGACGAGAGCGGGCCAUCGGGGCCAUCAAGGGGAAGAGACUUCGUCCCCAAAGACGAAGUGGGGAAAGAGAAGACGCGCGGCGAAGCGAGUGCUCAGGAGACAGAACCGGGCGUCGGAGCAGGAGGCGCACGCGCGGCGCAGGGCGAAGAUGAAGAGGAGGAGGGCGUGCAGGAUGCCGAAGACAACCCCAACGCCCUGAUCAGGCUUCCUGCCCCUGAAUACAACCUGGUCAGGAGAUUCUGGAAAGUGCCAGGCCAAGCUGACACCGGAGGCUCGGUGCCUUGGGUAGAUAUAUUGAGAUUAAUGAGCGCGAUAGGUUUUGAAGUCAGCAACAGGGCAGGAUCCAGUCAUACCUUCAGACCACAGGCCCCGUUGCCUCCCGAUGGUUCGAUGGCGCCAGUCUCAAUUCACAAGCCCCACGGCAGAAAUGAGAACAAGAUGACGGAUUAUAUGUUGAGGCAGAUUGGCAGAAUAUGGACCUUGCGCUACAAUUGGAACUUGGACACCUGGGGUUUACGUGAAAGGUAG